AUGGGUUGCGGAGUUACAAAAGUAUCAAAGCAUUCAGUUGAAGUACCAGGCAAAGUCAAUAAAGCUGAUAAUCAAGAGUCAAAUUUCUCCCCAGGAGCAUUCCUACAGCGACACAUGGGAAAACUCUCUGAAAACUACCAAGAAGUUCGAAAACUUGGUUCCGGCGCCUUUGCUGAUGUCAAGCUUUUCAUAUACAAGCCAAGUAAUCAAAACCGUGCUGUUAAAAUCAUUCACAAAGCCGGUCUAAGUUCUCAACAAAUGGAUUCUACCUAUAUGCUCAAAGAAAUCAGUGUCUUAAGCUCCUUAGAUCAUCCAAACAUUCUUAAAUGCUACGAAAUUUUCGAAGACCCCUGAAAGUUUUACGUAGCAACUGAAUUCUGCGCAGGGGGAGAAUUAUUCGACAAAAUAAUCGCAAUGAGCAAAUUUUCAGAGCGUGAGGCCUCCACCAUAAUGCGUCAAGUAUUUUCAGCCGUUUCCUAUUGCCAUGAGAAAAAUGUUAUUCAUAGAGACUUAAAGCCAGAAAAUAUUUUACUAGAAGACAGCACAGGCUCCCUUAAUAUAAAAAUCGCAGAUUUCGGCAGUUCUUGUUUUCUCGACAAAAACAGAAAAUUAAGUGGCUGUUUUGGGUCUGCUUAUUAUGUAGCCCCAGAAGUGCUAUCAGGUGCUUAUAAUGAGAAAUGCGACGUAUGAAGCUGUGGGAUCAUUAUGUUUAUCCUCUUAACCGGAAGACCUCCAUACCAUGGAAGAGACCAAACUUUAAUCCUCAAGCAGGUUAGAGAUAACCCUAUACGAGUAACCCCUGAAAGAUGCCCAGGAAUUUCAAGCGAGGCUGUCAAUUUGCUUCAAAGACUUCUCGAAGUGGACCCAAACUCCCGUAUUUCUGCACGUGAUGCAAUUACUCACAUUUGGGUUCAAAAUUAUAAGUCAAACGAAAACAGCCACCUUGAAGUGGCUUUGGAUGAUCUCAAACAAUUCCAUUCUAAAAGCAAGCUAAAGAACGCUGUCCAUAUCUUUUUAGCAACUCAGCUAAUUUCUCAUGAAGAAACUAAAAGGCUGAAGGAAAGUUUCUUAGCUCUUGAUAAAAAUGGGGAUGGGAAAAUCAGUAGGGCAGAGCUAUAUGCAGAGUAUAGAAAACAUAUGAGUGAAAGUGACACACAAGAGACUGUAGAGAAAAUUAUGAAAGAAGUAGAUUCAGACCAUAGCGGAAAUAUUGAUUAUUCAGAGUUUUUGAAAGCGUGCUCAGAUUAUAAUAAAUUGGUUUCAAGAGAGAAUUUAGAAACGGCGUUUAGGAUGUUUGAUAAGGAUGGAAGUGGUGAUAUCACGGCUGAUGAGCUUAAAGAGGUGCUAGGAAGAGAGUUGCUUGUGGAGGACGCUUAUUGGAGCCAAAUUGUGUCUGAGGUGGACGCAAAUGGUGAUGGGGUGAUUGAUUUAAAAGAGUUCAUAAAUCUGAUGACAGCAAAAAAUUAA